AUGAUUGGAAUUACCACUUCAAGAGAAGUGUGGAAUACUUUAAAGCAGAGGUUUACCUCAACUUUAAGGGCUAACAAACUCAAUCUGAAGUUGGAACUUCAAAGUCUCAAGAAAGGUUCAGAUUUAGUGAACAACUUUCUGUUGAAGACUAAGAUCGCUCGUGACAAACUUCUUGCAGUUGGAGUAGUGGUGGAUAAUGAAGAACUCAUCUGCAUUGUUCUUCGAGGUCUACUCAAGGAUUUUGCUCACUUUUAUUCAGCAAUCCGUACUAGGAGUGAACCAAUUACCUAUGAACAGCUCUCGAUUAUGCUGCAGAGUGAAGAACAGGCCAUGACAGAGAAUCUUGAUAGCUUUUCACACUCUCUAGCCAUGUUUGCUUCUGGAAAUAAGGGCUCCAUUAGCUCUCAUCUCCAGCCACACAACCAUGGUGGUUUCAAUGGUGGCUCUAAUAGAGGAAGAGGAAGGAGCAAUGGUAAUAGAGGUAGAGGUGGAGGAAGGUUCAACAACAGUCAUGGUGGUGGUUAA